AGAUUGUGGUGGUUUUGGCUAUUGUUGUUAGUUGAGUGAGUAGUAGAUCCUGGCUGAGCCCUAUGCAUAACCCCAGCUGUUAGGUGCAGGAUUUGACAAUUUCCUGUAUUAUAUUACUAAUUACAAUAUUUACAAAGUUUAAGAGGAUUCAUGACUCAUUUUCCAGUGUUCCUAGAGACUAGAGUAGUUUGUUGUGUUUUCUGUUUAAUACAGAAGUGUAUAAUCUCUCUCUCAGUCUGCCUCUGUCACUCUUUCUCUCUCUGUUAAUAACUUACUCUAAUUUUCUCUCUCUUUAGAUUAUCUGGGUGUAUGAUCACAGAAAAAGGCUGUUCUUCUCUGGCUUCAGCUCUUAAUUCAAACCCCUCCCACCUGAAAGAGCUGGAUCUGACCUAUAACCACCCAGGAGAGUCAGGAGAGAAGCUGCUUUCUGCCAGACUGGAGGAUCCACACUACUCACUGGAGACACUCAGAAUGGAACAUGGAGGCGAAAUAAGAAUCAAACCUGGAUUAAAGAAAUGGUUCUGUGAUUUCACACUGGAUCCAAACACAGUGCACCCUCGUCUCUCUCUGAGUGAGGAGAACAGGAGGGUGGAGUGUAGAGAGGAGGAGCAGUCGUAUCCUGAUCAUCCAGAGAGAUUUGAUAGGUGUCUGCAGGUUCUGAGUAGAGAGAGAGUAACUGGACGCUGUUACUGGGAGGCUGAGUGGAGCGGGAGGAGAGGAGCUGAUGUAGCUCUGAGUUAUAAAACCAUCAGCAGGAAAGGAGGAUCAGACUGUGCGUUUGGAGAGAAUAUAAACUCCUGGAGUCUGAACUGCUCUGAUAACAGUUACUCUGUUCAUCACAAUAAUAACAGAACUGAACUCCCCACUCCUCCCUCCGGCUGUAGGAGAGUAGGAGUGUAUGUGGACUGUCCCGCCGGCACUCUGUCCUUCUACAGAGUCUCCACUGAUACACCCUCACACACUCUCACACACUUACACACACACUCACACACACCCUCACACACUCUCACACACUUACACACACUCUACACCACCUUCACUCAGCCCCUCUAUGCAGGGAUUUGGGUUGGUUUUGGCUCCUCAGUGACUCUGUGUAAAAUAGAAUAACCCUGUGUGUGUGUGUGUGUGUGUGUGUAUAGUGAGUGUGUGUGUGUGUGUGUGUGUGUGUGUAUAGUGAGUGAGUGUGUGUGUGUGUGUGUGUGUGUGUGUG